AUGCGGGACGAAUCACACACGCUGGACCCGGACAUCAACGACGACGUGGAUCAGUUCUACCAAGAUCUUUACACGCUAGCGUCGUCUCGUCCCGAUACCUGGCUGAACAAACGUCGGACAGUCCUGGUGGAACGGACGCAACGAGCACUCCAACAGCAGGAUGAAGCCACCCGUCGAGUACUUCUCGAAUGCGCCAAAGAUAUCACCGGAUCGUCACUUAAUGCCUACCGCCGCAUCGUCCCUAUUUACGCCUGGUGUUUGCGAACCGCCGAGGCGGGUGAUCUCCACGCCAAUGACGAAGCACGUCUCUGGUCCGCACUCGCACGUUUGCUUGACGAAGCCGGUGACGCCCAGCUGUUGGACGACACUGUGGCGAUAUUGUCACAGCCUCCGCCGACGGAGUCCGAUCGCCAGCGCUGGACGUCCACCCUCUAUACAUUGGCCUCCACGUUCGCUCUGGACAGUAGUGACAACACCGACAACGCACCAGUUUUGCCAGCGAUCGCCUUGGGAUCGGCCUUGGACAGCGCAACUGCUGCGGACCCGUCACCAUCCACGACACCGGUGGCGUUGCAGUCGAACGAUUGGACCGCCCUGCUCCUCUCCUACACGCUCGCCGUCUAUACGUCGGAAAAUGAGAUGGCUUUGGUACGCACCAUGCUGCAGCACAUUCCGGACGAGACUUUCCAGACGACGGUUUGUCCCGCUUUGUUGCUCAAAGUGAAAUCACAUCCCGAUAAGGCGUGGCCGACCGUCACGGGAUGGAUUCGACACUUCGUGACGGGGACGAGUGAGACCACGGUUGUCAGUCCGGAUUGGUUAGCGCACGUUGUGAAAUGUAUACAAAGCCCCAAAAGCACCAUUCGAGACGCUGCGGUCCGACUCGUACAGGUGUGGGCACGAGCUGCGUCUGCAGGAACCACUUCCAACGGUGUGGUUUUACAGUUUUCCCAGGCAUUGGCCGCGUCGAACGCCACUUUAGUGCCCUCACGAGUGUCGAUGUACGAAUGCCUGACGGAAUUGGCGGAAGUGGUCGAUGUCUCACGGCCCGACACGGAUUCUUCGAUUGUAGAUAGCCUCGGAUCAAUAGUGGACGGAUUGCUGCAUCUGCUCGCCAAGGUACCAGCAACCAAGGCGGAUCCCAAAGUGGUAAUAGGGAUGCGAGCACUGCUAGCAUGGACAUUGCUUCUACGUAAUGUCCUCGGUUCGGAUGUUGAGGAUGACGACAACAACAACGCAAAGGUCUAUCGACAAGCCCUGCAUACAAUGAAGCAACCCCUUCUGCUCGUGGCUAAACCCUCGACGGACACUGCGGGACCAAUACUGUCGUUGCUCUUGUCGCGAGUGCAUCCGGAUACGUUGGAACCAUUGGUCAAGGAUUGGUUCGUGGAUUUGCAAUUACAGAAAGCCAUGGAGACGUGGGUGGAGGUGGCAAACACGAAAAAGACUUUAUAUUGGGAAGGUUUAGCCUGUUUGUAUUUGACCGUCUUGCACUCCGCGGUGACGUCUCAACCCAUACCGUCCUGGGCACACAAAGUCAUUGGUACGGGCGGAAACGAUGCAUGCAAUACCAAGACGACGUGUUUUCUUUAUAGUACAUCAAAUUGCAAUGGUCUUUCGCGAAUUAUCGUGGCUCGCAUUGUUGCCUUGUACGUGCAAUUGGCUUCGCAACGAAGCGAUGACGGCAACGCCAGCGAAUCAUUUGUCAAUGCGUUUCCGAGAUCGAAUAGUAUCUCCGCUGCGGCAUCGGCCUUGGCUGUGGGUGUCAUUUCAAUCACGACGGGUGAAGACUUGUCGCGGAACGCCGCCACGGACGUGGCCGCGUUACUUGCUUUGUGGAAGACGAUUCUGACCUACAAACCCAGCGCAGCACAGACCCUGACGCUAGCCUUGGCUGCAGUAGUCAAUCAACAAGGUGUGGUCUGGGAUAAGCGAUCCCGGCAAGAAAAUGCCACGCGAGAAGCGCGAGAGUCAGAAAUCUCAGGAUUGGCACGGACUAGUUUUCCUAUAGAUGGUCACGCUGUCCGGAGAGUUGCACAUUUGCUCCGAGAAAAGUGUCCUGAUGUCGUAUCGGUUUGGAUUUUGAUGCACGUGAAUUCGUCGCUCAAAACGGAAGGCCACCAACGGACGGCUCUUGUGUUUAACACGUUGCGAGCUCUUCAAAGUACCUUGGAUCGUCGCGAUAACACAGCGAUCGACGUGGAAAUUUGGGCGGCCGAAAUUGUUUCUUGGACUGGACAUUCGCAAUCAAAAGAUUCAGCAAUUACAAGCGGAGUCUGGCACAACGCCGUCUUGAGUUUGACAACGAGUUUGGGAGGCGUGGCGAGCAACUGCUCGUCGGAACUUAACCAAGAUGGUUGUGAAGUAUCAGCCUACACUGUAGCUUACAAACUCUGCCACUCUUUGGGAGCGCGCUGGGCCGAUCGUUUAAGACACCUCCUGUCGAAGGUGGAAGGCUUGUCAGACCAUCAAAUUGCCGUCUAUCAGACCCCUUUUGGGACGCUUUACGCGUCUGAUGACGAGAAACCAGCUGUGGAACGAAAAGGUGGCAAGAAGCACUUGACGGAAGAGGAAGCGUGGGAGAUACAAAUGAAAACAGAAAUGGCCGAAAAAAACGAGACGACUAAUUCUUCUACAAGCAGACCUCUCUCUGUCGAAGAACAGAGAAUUGUUGAUUCCCAGGACAAUGUUCGCGGCGAAGUUUCAGCACUUCUCGAGGAUGAUUACUGUCGGGUACUUCACUCUAUUCGCACACUUUGUGCCUCGGAUAUCGAGCUGGGGAACACUUGUCUACCAGCUGUCUUUGAAAUAAUCUUGCAAACAGCCGUCGCGUCCUGCCCCGCUAUCUCAAAGCUUCGUACUUUACAGGAUGUUAGUUUUGUUACCUUGACUACACUUGCCACUUGCGUGUAUGAAAUACAUGAAAUACACGCACCCACAUUGGCUCAGGCGCUGAUGAUCAGUUGUCGAAAGGGAACGGCGGUUGAGGAGGGUAUCUUUCACAAGAAAGAAGGUAGAGCUUUGUCCGUGUCACCUUUACCGUCUCCUUGUGCAUCGGCGGCUUGCGUAAUCUACGAAAUGGAUCACUUUGGUGAACCUCUCUCUGGAUCUUCCUUUCAGUUCUUGUUCCCUAUUGUAUACUCUUCUUUGCUGGGACCCCGUACUCCGCCUGGGUGCGAAGCAGCCGUUCGUGUUUUGGACAGACACACUCUCUUGCUGUCUGGUAGAAGCUCAAGUGAGCUUGUCACCCCACUCCGCAAGGAUAUGGCGGCUGGUCUCUUGGGAUUGCUCAAGUACGAUAGAGCGCAGACAUUUCAGGACCCUACGGCGUAUGAAGCCUUGGUCGCAUGCUAUCAUAUCGACGAUUCGAGUAGUUUUCCGUUGAGUGCAAAUGAGUUGGCUCCUCUGCUGGACGAGCGAGGAGCUCUUGGAGGCAAGAACUGCCGAAAGGCAGCAAUGCUGGCACUCGCAAAAAUUGCGUCUGUCCAGCGCAAGACAGUCAAAAUGAAUCCUCUGGUAGAGAACCGAAUCUGGUUGAAUUGUUUUGAAGAGGAUGACGACGUCCGCUCGGAAGCGCAAAAGGCCUGGGCUAUUGUCCACGAAGCUGAGAGUUUCGAUUGCAAGGAUACACCUCGGCCAUCUCCCCUCUACGCAGCGCCUUUGCUUCCUCUUUUGAACAACCGCGAUAAGUCCAUAGUCCACGCAGCAGCUUCUGCGUUUGCUCAUGCAAUGGCUUUGCAUCCCAACUCUGUGAGUAGGAACGUUGAGACUUUGUGUAAACUUUACAUCGAAGCCUUUCCGACAGCGAGGCAACCAGCUUUGUCUGAAAACCUGUUGAAAGCGGCGAAUUCAUUGCCAGCCCCCGCGAAGAAAAAGCCGAUUCUAGCUGGGUUGUCAAGUAAAAAGGUACCGCCAAAGAAGUCAGCUCUCGCUGUCGCCGGUAUCGGAAAGCAAAGGACAAGUAAGAAGAAAGCCGCAAGUUCCGCAUUGUUAAAGCCAAAAGAAGAACGCACUCUUGACCCGGAGGCUUUGGAAAGUCAGUUUACAGGAGUAAGAGGUCCAAGCAAGACAGAAGAUCAGGAUUCGCCAGAUAGGAUCUCGACGCGUCUUGGAGUGCUGAGCGCGUUAGCGGCGACCACGAGCUCCACAAUGAGAGUAGAGAUGGACGAGACCACCUUGAAGCUUCUCACGAGCUUUUUGAUGGCGUAUGGUAUUGCGGAUAGCAAUGAUGGUGUAAAAGGUGCAGCACGGAACACUUUGCGAGACGUUGUGGCUUCAAAUGGUGGCUCGGAUGAAGCGAUCGCUUUUUUACUCCCACACCUUGAAGCCGUGUUAAGGACUGGAGUGGCCAACGAGGCCGCCCUGAGUUCUUUGCCAAUCGAUAAGGUCCCGCGAGAUACUUCUGCUUCCGACAGGCGGAAAGAAGGAGCUGUAGUCGCACUCGGAUCAGUCGCUCUUCAUUUGAAGGGCCCAGCGAACGAGGAAAAAGUUGAUGGCACUAUCGCUAUGCUUAUUUCUGCACUGAAGACACCGAGUGAAGAGGUUCAGACUAGUAUAGCUGACGCCUUGACAAAACUCAUGAAGAAGGGUCGCACACAAGAACGGAUCGAAAGUAUUCUUACAAGCCUUCUCCAUGACUGUCUUUUCGGGGCUACCCUUGCACAAAGACGAGGUGCAGCGUACGGUUUAUCAGCGGCAAUCAAAGGGAGUGGUAUCACUGCGUUGAAAAAGUACGACAUUGUAAGAAAACUUGAGGAAGUAUGUGUGACAGGUGAAGCUAGUGGCAAAGAAGGGUCACUAUUUGCGAUCGAACUUCUCAGUGAACGAUUGGGUCUGCUAUUCGAGCCGUACGUGAUAGUUUUACUCCCGGCCUUGCUAAAGUCUUUCUCAGACACUAGCGACCACGUUCGGAUUGCUGCCUCUCACACCGUUGGGCUCAUUAUGAGUAAGCUUUCUGCUCAUGGGGUCAAGUUGGUAAUGCCAGCUGUUCUUAAGGCUUUCGAAGAUCCUGCAUGGCGAACGAAGCAGGCUUCGAUACAUAUGCUAGGCUCAAUGAGUCACUUGGCUCCAAAGCAGCUUGCAUCUGCCUUACCGAAAGUAGUUCCAAAACUUACUGAGGCGUUUAGUGAUACGCACCCAAAAGUUAAACAGAGCGCUCAAGAGGCUUUGGACGAAAUCAGUACAGUAAUCCGCAAUCCUGAAAUUUCCUCCAUAAGUAGUAUCCUUCUCAAAGCGCUAACAGAUCCAGCAGACAAUACAGUUAAAGCCCUCGAAGGGCUAAUUGAGACAGAGUUCUUACACGCAAUUGACGCUCCAAGCCUUGCCCUCAUUGUUCCAAUUCUUCAUCGAGGGCUUAGGGAUCGAGGUGCCAACAGCAAACGCUACGGUGGCCUCAUCGCGGGAAAUAUUUGUACGAUGAUUAAUGACCCAAAAGAUUUUGUCCCAUACUUACCGACGCUCCUGCCAGAUUUGCAAACUGCGCUCCUAGACCCUAUCCCUGACGUAAGGAGCACAGCUGCAAAAGCUCUUGGCUCCUUAACACGCAGUCUUGGUGAGUACAUCCUCCCAGACCUUCGUCCAUGGCUCAUUAGGAAGCUCCGUGACCACACCUGCAGCUCUGCAGAGCGCAGCGGCGCAGCACAAGGUCUCACGGAAGUCCUUGUUGCUUCUGGGAGUGCGGUUGUUGAUGACGCCAUGCGGAAUGAAAUUCUGCCUUUGCGAAGUUAUCCCCAAGCCAGCACCCGAGAAGGUGUUCUGUGGAUGUUGACAUUUCUUCCACCCGCUUUAGGACAAGGUUUUACUCCUCUCAUUGAUGUAUCCUUACCUGCACUAAUCAAUGGAUUGUCAGAUGACAGCGAGCCUGUUAGAGAUGUUGCAAUGCGAGCCGGAAGGGUUCUUAUCCGUAGUCACGGUAAAGUUCAUGUCGAUAAGAUCCUGCCAAGCCUUGAACUGGGUCUUCGUGACGAGGACUACCGCAUUCGUGUUUCGUCCCUCUCGCUUCUGGGAGAUCUUCUCAGUACAAUCGGAGGCACUUCAAUGGUUAAGGGAGACGGUGACACACAAGAUGACAUUCGAAAAGCCGAGCGCGCUCAAGCCCAAAUCGCGCUUGCGCUUGGUCCCGAGACACGACGGCGCGUAUACAGUGGACUUUACAUGGCGAGAAAUGACUCGACACAUGCUGUUCGCACUAGCGCAAUUCAAGUUUGGAAAACGGUUGUUAGCGUUACAGCUCGAACUCUUCGAGAUAUCUUGCCGGUGCUUGUGUCGCAGAUCAUUGCAAAUCUUGCCAGUGGACAUGAGGAGCGUACGGAAGUUGCUGGUAGGUGUUUGGGCGAUGUGGUUAGCAAGCUAGGCGACUCUGUUCUUCCACAGAUUAUUCCGGUCCUUCGAAACGCUCUGUACGAUGGUGAUACAGACACGAAGCGUGGCGUCUGUGUUGGACUAACCGAAGUCAUCAACCGUUCAACAAAAGAUCAAAUUAUCAAGUUCAUCGAGAUAAUUGUUAAGGUGGUGCAGGACGCACUGUCUGACGACGACGAAGUUGUGCGCCAGAUGGCGGCAGCUAGCUUUCAAAGUCUACAUAGUCUUGUUGGAAGCAGAGCUUUCGAUGAGGUUGUUCCGUCUCUUAUGGUAUCGCUUGAGGUUAGCGAAAACGACGAAGUUACUCGAACAAAGGCUCUGAAUGGCCUGACAGGAAUUCUCAGUAUUCGUAGUCGCGAGUUGCUACCAUAUAUUGUUCCGCGUCUGAUCGAGCAUCCAAUUUCUGCCAAUCAUGCAAGGGCACUUGCCGGGAUCUCGCAAGUGACAGGAGAUACAAUCUACCAUCAUUUUUCAUCGAUCAUCCCUGCGCUUUUGGGCGAACUAGCUAAAGGAGGGUAUGAUGAGGAAGAUGCGGUCAGACAAUGUUCUAGUAUGAUAUGCGCAUCCGUCCACGAGGCCGGCGUUAAUUGGCUAAUUAGAGAGGUUGUCUCAAAAUGCGGAAGCGACAAAGCCUCUCUAAGAACAGAAAGUUGCCGUAUGCUUGAGGACAUCGUCCGCGAACGUGCUGAGAAGAGGGAUUUCUACGAACAAAUACCUAUUAUACUUCGGGAGCUUUUGUAUCGCCUGAAUGACGAAGAUACUGAAGUUUUGAAAGCAACAAAUUCAGCAUUCUCCACUCUGACGAAAUUCGUCCCUGCCGAAGAGCUCGUCAAACAUAUCGAGUUUAUGCGUAAUCUUCUGGCAAGUAUGGUCAGUGACGCAAGAAGACGGAAGGGCGGAGUUGGUGACGGGGAAUUCCUCCUGCCAGGAUUUAAUAGGCCCAAAGGGCUGGAACCGCUGUUGCCAAUUUACCAACGAGGAAUCCUUUACGGAACCCCCUCAAUUCGGGAGGUAGCGGCUGCUGGAUUAGGAGAGGUACUGACGAUAACUUCAACGAAGUAUUUGGUUGGGCCGUUUAUUAUCAAAAUAACUGGCCCACUGCUCCGUAUCGUUGGAGACCGAAACCCAAGCAACGUCAAGAUUGCCAUUCUAAAGACUUUGGGACUGAUUCUUGUAAAAGGUGGUCCAGCUUUACGAGCCUUUGUCCCGCAGUUCCAAACGACUUUUGUGAAGGCUCUAUCUGACCCAUCUCGCCAAGUCCGAUUAGAAGCGAUCGCUGCACUGUCUCUGUUGAUGCCUAUCUCAUCGCGCGUCGAUCCGCUGAUUAAAGAACUCGUCUCCGGGGCAGCUGGUAAAGCAAUCAUUAUCGAAGGUGUGGCUGCGACAGCAGUUCAAGCAGCUACACUUCAAGCCCUCGCUACCGUUUUGAAAAUUGGAGGUGCUAAGGCCAAACUUCCGUCUACUAUACCUUCAGCUUUGGACGCGUCGGAAAAACUACUGGAAUCUCACGAUGAGGGUGUACGCCACGGAGCAGCUAAGGUAUUGGGUGAGGCUUGUGCGCUUCUAGGAUCCGAGUCCUCGAUCGAAGUCCUCCGUAGUAUAGUUGUUAAGCAUCAUGACAAUUCCAGUGACUCACGUCAUGGAAAGGCGUGCGCAAUUCGAUACAUUUUAUCGACCAAGGAUGGAUCCGCGGUAGAAGAAGCAAUUCCAUCCCUGAAGAAGCUGGUCUGUGAAUACUUGUAUGAUGACAAGAGUAUUGUACGUGAAUCGGCCUGCGUCGCGCUUGGUGCCGUCAUCGGACGAUCUCCCGAUACCAAAGUGGCGUUCCGAGACUGCGAAUCGGUCUUACUGAAGUUACUCGGAAACUCUAAGGAACCUAUGGAAAUUCAUAGAGCCAUAGCCAGGGGCUUCUGUGUGGCACUGAUGAUGAUCAAGAAAGAUCAACGUAUUGAAACAAUGGGACUUCCCCUACUAAAUGAAUGCUUGCAGCAAGCUCUAAGUGGAUCACAGCGAGUUCAGUUCGCCUAUAACGAUGUCCUGUGGUUGGCUUUGGAUGUGCCUUCAGGUCAGGACGGUCUCAAACGCUAUAGUGAAUCACCAUCUUAGACGAUUAAAGAGUGCAGUAGCUUCGGCUGAUCAUGUUUAUUUAUCAUUCAUAGCAAAGUAUGGUUUCGCCUGCUCGUUGUAGGAUUCGAAGCCAACGCUCAUUUCGGAUACCCACAAAUGUUGGCUCAAGAUUGCACCCUUUCUAUGCGUAACUGACACUUAAAAUUGACCCACAUGCAUCAGACUGUACCACUCGAACGUUUCUGCUGCUCAUCGUAAACCUCAUCAAACGCCUGCCCACAACCACUAAGGAAAGUGCAGAACUCAACGAAA